UCGGGACUUGAUAGUCAGAUGGUACACAUUCAAACUUUGACAGGUGCUCUACAUGACAAUUUUCCUAAAGCUUUAAACAAGUGGAAGACUUCAUUAACAGGCAUACUCUGUUUUAUUGGGUUUUUGCUUGGGAUCCCAUGUAUAACGCAGGGUGGUAUCUAUGUCCUAACCCUUAUUGACUGGUACUGUGCCAGUGUGUCUGUAAUGCUGUUGACACUUCUAGAAGUGACGUCAUUGGCCUGGCUCUAUGGCGUGGAAAGAAUUUACAAAGAUUUGGAAAUGAUGAUCGGGUAUAAACCAACGCCUUUAUGGAAGAUUAUGUGGCUAUUUGUAACUCCAUUGGUGAUAUUGAUUAUCUGGAUUGUCAGCUUAAUUCGUUAUUCGCCAGUAGAGUACGGUGAUUAUAAGUACCCAUCAUACGCCGUGGGAAUAGGGUGGCUGAUAGCUAUCUUAUCGUUAGUGUCAAUACCGGUAGGAAUGGUAACAACACUCUUAAACACGAGGGACAACUCUACACCUCUUCUGCAAAGAUUGAGACUUUCCUUACAACCUACAAAGGACUGGAAACCGGCGAUACAGACUCUACCUGGUGAUGUCGAGAUGAGAAAAAUGCUUGUUUAAAAUUCUAUUUUAAUACAAGUACAUGUAUAUGUUUCAGCAUUAUACAAUUAACGAACAAGUAUCUAUGUUAUGAGACUUACGUAUAAAAUAUUAAUUUCAUGUUUUUUUAGUUAAGGUACAUAUAUGUUAAAUACCCAGUACAUUAUUCUGUAAUAAAAAA